CGGAAAAUCAUCUCUGUGGCUCAGGGGAGUGAAGAGGCGAUUCUAGUGUUAGAUGAGCGGGUUUGCCGUACUUCAAUCAUAGCGCUCUCUCUCUCUUUCGCUCUUCGUUUGUCCUACAGUGUCCCUGAUUCAGGCUUCAAAGUGAGAAGACCGAAGAACUGAGAGUUUCUACAAGACUACAAUACCUGGACACGGGGAUAUCUGGACACCUCACAAUGGAUGGAUUGAGGACAAAGUGUUGAGUUCUCCUACGGCUGUCCCUGAAUGAUACAGAGGAGUGUUGGGAUGUCGUGGCUGGUGUGGGUGUGGGUCAGUGUGACAGUCCUGCUGAUGUGUGAGGCCACUUUCUAUGAGACCAUCCAGCAGCACCUGGCCCCGCCUGGAACCAACAUACAGAUCCUUGAAGGAGGGACAUGCGAGGUGAUUGCGGCACACAGGUGCUGUAACAAAAACAAGAUUGAAGAGAGAUCUCAGACAGUGAAGUGCUCCUGUUUACCAGGGAAAGUGGCAGGAACCACCAGGAAUAAACCCUCCUGUGUUGAUGCCUCCAUAGUGAUUGGGAAGUGGUGGUGUGAGAUGGAGCCGUGUCUGGAGGGAGAGGAAUGCAAGACUCUACCAGAUAACUCCGGCUGGAUGUGCUACUCCGGAAACAAGAUCAAGACCACCAGGGGAAACAUCCAAGACGACAAGCUGAAUUAAGUUUUCCCAACUCUAAACCAACAGACAUGUGUUUAAUGACUUGAAAUUGAGUCCUCUGCUCAUAAAUCCAUCUGUCUCUGAGUAACACGGACACCAGACUUUCUGAGAAGAUCUUUGUGGGCGUUGAACACUGCUGGUUCUUUCGUUGUUUCAUUUUUGUUUGACAAUUGUCAAAUAUUUGUUUCCUCUCAGUGAGUCCUGGAUAAUUACACUCGUAUCCCUUUGUGUGGAGUGCACUCAAACCAGCUAUACCUUGCCUGAAAUAAUCUUCAACUGUAAUAUUCUUGGAUGUUCCUAUGUCUCCGGAAGAACAUAUUAAUUCUCGUACUGUAUGUAGUGAAACUGGCUUCCUGUUCAUGUGGAUUUUCAGAAGGGGACUGAUCCUCACCAAGCAAGUUUAAUUAAGACACUUUGUGCAUCGACUGU